AACCCUCCGCACCGAAAUUCAACCCACGAUUUUCGAUUUGGAUUGUAACCACGCGUCACAAGCGCCCUUGUGUUGCUGCUGGCAUCGCUGAUUGGCAAGGCUUUAGCGGCCCUCGCUUCUGACCAUCGGUCAUCUGCCCGCCGGGGGGACGAGGAAGGAGCAGCUACUCUCAGCUACAUCUCCCAUCAAGCACAUCUCGCCAUAACCCGCCACACCACACCAAACCACAUGCCUCCAUCCAGCGCGGUGCCGUACUCUCCCUUGCGUAGGCGAGACCCUUCCAUGGAAACCAUGUCCCGCAGCAGCAGCAGCGGCGUUGGCGCGCAGAGGAGCGGAGGAGGAGGAGGAGGAGGUCGACAAGGUGGGAGCGCAUCGUACUCGGACGUAGAGCUGACGCCGAUGCGAAGCGCGAGGGACAAGGCGUUUGAAGAUGGGACACUAGGCGGCAGUGAUUUGGACAAGGAGGCAUACCAAAAGGAGUCCGAGUCGGAGGAUGAUGAUGAUCUGGAUUCGGAUGCGGAUGCGGGCGAUGAGGAAGCCCUAUUGAGGGAUCCGCAAACGCGAGCUGCUAGGCAGAGAGCUAGAGCGAGGGGAAGGGAGAGGGAGAGGGAGAGUAUGGCGUCGCGAGAUUCGGACGAUCCUAUCAGUCUGGUCAGGAGGGCCGUACCCGAAACAGACGACCCCACCAUGACCGCGCUCACGCUGCGAGGUGUGAUCAUGGGCAGCAUCUUUGCGACUGCUGGAGCUGCAGUGGCUCAGACAUUUUUCUACAAGUCCAAUUCGCCCAGCUUCAGCUCCUACAUGGUCAUCUUGGUGUCCUUGCCCCUAGGACGCUGGCUCGCACGAGUGACGCCAAAAAGGGACAUUUGGAUCCCGCUCAUAGGCUACGUCGCUCUCAAUCCUGGUGACUUUUCCAUCAAGGAGCAUCUGCUGGUCACUGUGGUGUCGAGUUCAGGUGCCUCGUCGGCCUACGCAGCAGAUAUUCUCAACAUUCAGGAUCUAUUCUAUCACACCGAGAUGAGCAUCCCGGCCAGUCUGGCUCUGCUGUUGACGACCCAAACCUUAGGCUUUGGCUUUGCCGGUCUGGUGCAUUCCAUCCUGGUCAAGCCCGUCGCUAUGGUGUUUCCAGGGACUCUGGUGACCACAACGAUGUUCAACACGCUACAUGGCGCGCACAGUGCGGACACCAAGCCCCGUCUUCGGUUCUUUGCCUUUGCAUUCGUUGCUAUCUUUAUCUAUCAAUUUAUUCCAGCCCUCAUCAUGCCUACCCUCACUUCGGUGUCGCUGCUCUGUCUGUUCAACAACGAGUCGCGCUCGAUGCGUAUCCUGGGCUCUGGCAUGAAAGGGUUCGGACUGCUCAACUUCUCCCUCGAUUGGACCGCCAUUGGUGCUGCCGGACCUCUCUACACGCCGCUCUGGGCUGCGCUCAAUUACUAUGCCGGCAUCAUGGGAGCCAUGUUCGUAGUCAUGCCAUGCUUGUACUUUUUCGUCGGCGAACAUGGCUUUUGGGACGCGCAAAAAUUCGACGCGCCGCUCGGGGCGGGAUUGUAUGGAGGGGACUACAAAAAGUUCAACGUGUCGAGCGUGCUGGAUAGCAAGAAUAUGCUCGACCCUACAAAGUGGAAACAAAACUCGCCUUUGCUGCUCACGCCAUGGUUUGCCCUCUCGUACGGUAUCUCCUUUGCGACGCUCACCUCCAUGAUCACGCAUGUGGUGCUCUGGCAUCGAAAGGACAUUAUGAAAGCCAUCUUUGCUCCGCCGGGGGAAGAUAUCCACAAUCGCCUGAUGAAGGCGUACCAACCAGUCCCCAAGAGCUGGUACGUUGCUACCUUGGCAAUCAGUUUGUCGACUGCCAUUCUGCUCGUAGCGACCUCGCCCCUUCAGAUCACUGUCACGGGUCUGCUAUUAGCCGUCUCUAUCGCGCUGAUCUUUUUGGUGCCUGUGGGUCUGAUCAAAGCAGUGUCGGACACCGUCAUUGGUCUCAACGUCGUCACCGAAUUCGUCGCUGGAUUGCUUUGGCCCGGAAGACCAGUGGGAAAUGUCGCUUUCAAAUGCUAUGGAUACAUGGCCAUGUCGCAGGCUCUGGACUUGACAACGGACCUCAAGCUUGCGCAUUACAUGAAGAUUCCCCCUAGACACAUGUUUGUCGCGCAGACGAUUGGAACUGUCAUUGGUUGCUGCGUCAAUCUAGCCGUCGUGCGCUUGAUCCUCAGUCCAGAUGCAGGCUAUCGGGUCUUUCUCACUGGAGAAAAAGUGGAUCCGACAGGUCAAUGGGAUGGUAGAAAAGUGCACAUCUUCUACAGCGCAUCCAUCAUCUGGGGCGCCAUUGCACCAGCUCGCUUCUUCGUGGGCAACUACAUCAAGCUCUACUUUGGCUUUCUCAUAGGUUUCCUCUUGCCCGUCCUUCCUUGGCUGCUCAACAAGCGCUUCCCAAGGAAAUGGUGGCAGCAGAUCAACUUUCCCGUGCUGCUUCAUGGCGCGGGUCUGCCGCCUCAGGUGCCCACCAAUAUCAUUUCGAGCGGCUUUAUAGCGGCCAUCUUUUCGCAGUAUUGGAUGCGCAAACAUCAUCCUAAAUUCUUUGCGAAGCGCAAUUACGUCCUUAGCGCUGCUCUGGAUGCUGGCACAUCCAUCAAUGCCCUCGUGCUCUUCUUCAUGUCCGUCACCAUUCUCAAGGUGGUGCCGAUGCCUAGGUGGUGGGGCAAUCCUGCUGCGGAUUCGGAACAUUGUCUGCCUGCAGGAGGCACCAAUGGUCCAGCUUUCUGAACGACGAUGGCGGGCGCGGAUGCGGAUGCGAUGGGGGAUGAUAUGAUGCUCUGUCUGAACCGUUGCCGAGCUUGUUUUCCCCCCUUCCGAAACACCUCUCCACCCCCUCCCGCCCCUCCCGUC